CAAGGAUUGCACAAGUUUUGCUUAGGCAGGCAAAUAAUUGGUAGGGACCAUUACCCCUCUGUUAGUAUCUCGUUACAUGGUAACUCAGGAGUCACUAUUCUCUUGGAAUGUGGAAGUGCAAAUAGCAGGUACAGUUCUAAUUAUAGCAUCACCGUUCAAAAAAAGAAGAGCGUGUGUAACCAUAAAUUGUGGUGUACUUGCACCCAGCUGUACUUAAAAGAAUGCCCAAGAGUUUCAUGUAGGUAUUAGUCUGGGUCAAAACCAAAGUGUCCUUUGUAGAGAGGUGUCCUUUAUUCUUUUCGGAUGUUUCAGAAAGUGUGUGUGUAUGUGUGCAGGAGCAAGGCCUGACUGGCAUCGGUCUAGUGGGCUCUUACCACCACCUCCACACUCUGGACUUCUCAUCAAACAGACUCACAGAGCUGUCGGAACUGAGCACUCUCCCUUACCUAACGCACCUCAAUGUCUCCAACAACAAGCUGACUUCUGUCCUGGACUUCAACCCUCCCAAAAAUUUACUGGAAGCCGAUUACUCCAAUAAUGAGAUUGAGGAAAUUGGGGAUCUUUCUCCACAUCAUUCCCUGCAGACUCUUAUUUCUCGACGGUAACCAGAUCACAGCAAUCUCUGGCCUGGACUCCCUGUCAAGACUGAGCCACCUCAGCCUGGCCAGCAAUAGGAUUGACACCAUCUCAAACCUCACCUCCCUUCCCCUCAAGUACCUUAGACUGAGUGGGAACAAUAUUGUUGAGAUUGAAAAUCUCGAAACACUCACUGACCUAAUGGUGAUUGAUUUGUCCGGUAACCAGAUAUCAAGAUUGGGUGGUCUAUGCGGGCACUCCUCUCUCAUGGAAAUAUACCUACAGGAGAACGUUGUUGUGGAACGAGAGGAGUUACUUCACUUGAAAGAACUGAAAAACUUGCGUGUUCUCUCCCUCAACCAGAACCCUAUUGACACUGUGCCGGAGUAUCGAUCAUAUGCAGUGUUCCACCUCCCAUUUCUCACACGACUGGAUGGCCAGACUGUCAGAAUCGAGGAAAAGGUGUCUGCUGUGAACAGGUUCAGUCCUCCGCUCGAGGUAGUCGCUGCACAGGACCACCGCACCAACACCAAGCUGGCCGUGCAGAACAAGCCAGCCUCUCUCAGAUUCAGUACUCUGACGCGACUGGACGAACCCUACCCCAUGUUGGUGAUGUGUGGACCUCCAGGCUCUGGGCAUGAGCAGUUUGUUCGACAUUUGGUGGAUGAGUUCCCCAGCUUCUUUGGCCUCGGAGUGUCCCACACGACGCAGCCCCAGGGACCAAGACAGGGCCAUGGACGAGACUACUACUUCAUCGACGAAGGAACGUUUAACAGAGCUCUCAUAUCAGGAGAGUUUCUGGAGACCCACGAGGUGGGGGGUCACAGGUAUGGUCUGACCAUGGCAGCUGUGGAGCAGGUGGCCCACCAAGGACUGGCCUGUGUCACUCACAUGACCCUUCAAGGAGUUUUGACUAUGAAGAACACUCACUUUGAGCCACGCUACAUUCUCACCAUCCCCCUCACCCCACAGAUCCACGCACAGAGAAUGAGGUCAUCAGGUCAGUACAGUGAGGGGGAGAUCAAGAUGGCAGUGGAUGACGUGACUGCCUACCAGACGCUCCACCAGGACAGACCCGGGUUCUUUGACGCAGCCAUCAACACAGACAGUAUACGUGAAGGCUACCAGCAGCUGCAGGCUCUGGUGAUGGCGUAUGGAGAUAUCACCCCCGAGUCCCCCCUCUCCAUGUCCCAGGUCACCGUCACGUCUGUCACCACCACCUCACACCAGACCACACCCACUCCCGAGAUGCCGACACCCACCUUGGUCACACACCAGGAGAGUACACUGCUUAAAGCCAGUCAUGGUGAGGCAGGAGAUGAACCAGCAAGAGAAGGUGGAAGUGAGGAAGAAAAGGAAGGAGCAAGAGAGGGAGAAAGAGAAUCUAGUCAGCCAAAACCUCCGUCAUCACCAUACCAUGCUCCAGAGGUGGCCAACAAAAUCAAGGGAAUGGCACAGGUGUGGUCCAGACCUCCCUCAUCCCUGGCAGGUAGCAGUCGACCUGUGUCGGGCAGUGACCCCGGCAAGAGACUGGGCACCAGAACACCGCUGUCAGAAUUUGGGGAGAGACACCAGAGGCGAGUGGAGGCUGCUGUGGCUGGGAAAGACAUCAGCUCAUACGAACAACUCUUUAACCAUAAGUCGUCCAUGUACCGGCACCUCCAAGUCAGGUCCAGAAGACAUGCCGGGAACAUCGACAGUUCUAGAGGAGGGAGAGGAAGAUGGGGAGUACAGUAGUUCAGAGGAAGAAGAUGGAGUCUCAGAUACUCAGUCUUCCCUCUCGAAACUCUCAUCAGCUCGUGGAUUUUCACCCCAACCUGAACACCACUCUGACUGAGGGACUAUAAACUGCAUUUUCUGUACUCGUUCCCAGAAUGGGAAAAGUUUUUGGGUCAUUAUUUGGGUGUAGAAUUAUGGUGCACACACAAUGGAAGCUUGGCUUGCUACAUAUUCUAGGGGC